ACUAUUUGUACAUCAUGUCAAAUUUGGUUUUAUAAAUAUCAGUCUUGCUAUUUUAUAGUGUAGUGAGCAAAUUAGAGAAGUACAAUUAGAAGCUGUUUGAAUAACCCAGAAAGAGAUACAUGACCUGAAAUAGGACAGCAUGAUUGAAGAUGAUGGUAAGUAGAUGGAUUUGAGAGGUAAUUGGUAGAUGAAAUCCCAAGACUUGGUAAUUGAUUGACUGGACACUGGGCAGAGGUGUUAUAUGGAGUAGUCAAAUAUGACACUUAAUUUUUAACUUAGACCACAGAGAUUAUGAACAGAGAUGAAGUAGAGGUUGUUGGAGAAGAGAUGACAACAAGCUAAAUUUUUGUCACGCUUCUGACAAAACGAUGAAACAUCUAGGGACAGAUGUUCAGCAUGCUGUUAGAUAUAUGAGUUAGGAUCAGAAGAAAGGGGAAAUGCUGGAGUUAUACAUUUGAUAUUUAUCAACAUAUGGUUGGUAAAUAAAGUCAUGGGAAUGGGUGACAUUGCCUCAGAAGAGAUAAUAGGGCGUGACCAGAAAGAAUGGGAAUAGUUAUAUUUAAGGGAUGAGCAAAGAAAAGAAUCCAGCAAGGAAAACUGAGAUGAAACAAAACUAUAGAGGACAGAAAUUUUCAAUAAGGUAAUGAUGGUGGUGGAAUUGAUAAUGGUGAAGCAGAUGAUAUUAAAGGUGAUGACUUGAUGCUGUUUAUGAUGUUGUGAACGUUAGUGAAAUUGAAGAAUAAACAUCCAGAAAUAUUCAUUUAUUUUCAGCUCAGUCCCAGCAAAAUGUCAGACCAAUAUCCUUUCAGUUCGCAGUUCACGUUCCAGACCAACGUCACUUGGUUCAGCCCCAUGUUCUAUCUCACUGGCUUUCCUGGAUUGGAAGUCAUGGAACACUGGAUUUUCAUUCCAUUUGUUUUUAUGUACCUGGUGGCCAUCUCAGGCAAUUGUUUCAUCCUGAUAAUCAUUAAGACCAACCCUCAUCUACACACACCCAUGUACUAUUUGCUGUCGUUGCUGGCCCUCUCUGACCUGGGACUGUCAGUGUCCACCUUCCCCACAACUAUGGGGAUCUUUUGGUUCAACUGCCAUGGGAUCUACUUUGAAGCUUGUCAAAUCCAGAUGUUCUGCAUCCACUCAUUUUCCUUCAUAGAGUCUUCAGUGCUCCUCAUCAUGUCCUUUGACCGCUUUGUGGCCAUCUGCCACCCCCUAAGAUACUCAGUCAUAAUCACUGACCGGAAAGUGGUCAGAGUAGGUCUGGUCACCAUCCUCCGGGGCCCCAUAGCCCUUGUCCCCCUUGUCCACCUCCUGAAGACUCUUCCUUACUGUGGUCUUCAAGUCCUCUCUCAUUCAUAUUGCCUUCGCUGGGAAGUAAUACAUCUGACCUGCACAGACACUAACUUCAACAACCUAUAUGGUCUGACAGUGGUGGUGUUCACUGUAAUCCUGGACCUGGUGCUCAUUGUGCUGUCCUAUGGGCUCAUCCUGAACACAGUGGCAGGACUGGCCUCCCGAGAAGAGCGGCUUCGAGCUUUCCAAACAUGUACCUCACACCUCUGUGCUGUGCUGAUAUUCUCUGUGCCCAUGGUGGGGCUGUCCCUGGUGCACCGCUUUAGAAAGCAUGCUCCACUUGUUGUCCACCUCCUCAUGGCCAGCGUCUACCUCUUUGUGCCUCCCAUGCUUAACCCAAUCAUAUACAGUAUCAAGACCAAAGAGAUCCGCAGUGCCACCAUCAAGUACCUAGGCCUUAGAAACGGCAGUGCUGAGUCCUGGGACUAA